AUGUUUUUGAAGUCAGCUGUAUUAUUUUUCCUUGUUCAUGUGUUUAUCACCUGCACAAAAUGUCAUUCGUAUUUUUUAAAAAAUAAGUAUUUUGAAAAUGUGUUUUUUGUGAAUUCACACAUAGAAGAUUUUAGCAAGAAUGACGAGAAGAAGGCGGUGAAAAUACAGCGGAAUAGGAAAAGGGGUGUGUUUUAUGUUCCCCAUAAAAUAUAUGCCCCCGGGAGGAGGUGCGUGCACCGGAGGGUUAGGAAAAGGGGGGGCCAUUCUUCUACAAGGUGUUUUUUUAAGUCAAAUGGGGGUGUGUCCCUGUUUCCACGUGGUGGAAAAUGUGGCAGUGACACCCGUCUGAUCAGCCUCGCUGGAGGUGACGACUGGGUACGGGCAAGGCGCAGAAGCAAACUCUUGUCUAACAAUUUUGAAAAGGUGUUUAAUGAAAAUUUCGACGAAAGCAGCAGGUUGAAGAAGAGCGAGCUGAUCUCCAUCUUAGCUUGCAUUUGCACAAACAUAGUAAUAGAGUAUUUAAAAAUAAAGGAAGAAAAAAAAACUGAAGAUUUUGAAUACCCCUUUGAUUAUAGCCUUAUGAAUAUUUUAAAAUUGGUAAAUUUUGAAUAUGACGUGAAUGAAGAACUUGAGAAGAAGAAGAAAAAACAGAAGAAGGAAUUUAACAGGAGGAAGUUCAAAGGGGGUGGUGGUGUCCAAAUGGGUACGAUGGGGGAUGGUAUCCUUGGUGGUAGUGAUGAAGGAAGUGAGAAGGGUGUCGGACGGAAUAGGAGUCGAGAGAAUAAGUCAGGUGAACCUUGUUUAGUAGGAUCCCUAAAUGAAGGCGUAUAUGCACAGACGGAGGAAGAAGUGAACAUCAAUAUUGACAACCAGAACACGAAGGAAGAAAAUGCGAAAUUGGACGAGUACAUUAAAAUGAUGGAAUUCAAUACAAUGCAAAUUAAAGAUAUUGCACCUUAUAUCGACCUGUUUUUUGGAAAAAACACAUUUGAAAAAGUUUUUCUAAAGAAUGGGAUAGAUGUACAAAAAAUUUACGAUAAGCUAAGUGAGGCCCUGUUUGAUAAAUGCCAAGAGAAAGCAAACGUGAUGGAACUGCAGAAGUUUGUGGAGCAUGAGGAAAGAAUUUUUCACAAGAGGAAAAAGGUGCAUGUGAGGAAUGGCUCCAUGUCAUUUGACGAUUAUAUGGAAGGUCUGGGGAGCUUGGAGGAGAGCAAGGGAGUGCGUGAGGUCGAGCAAAUUCUGUACGACGGGGAGGUACCUUCAGAUGAUGGGGAGUUUACCUCGGAGGGGGGAAUGAAAAAGAAGAAGAAAAAAAAAAAAAACAAGAAAAAUGGCAAUUUUAUCAACGGGUUGGGGAGUAGUGGAGGAAGGGAUGGCGAUCAUUUGGGAUUUGAUCUUGGGGACGGACCGCACACGGACGGGGAUUCUCCAGACGGGGGUAGCAGCGGUGGGGGUAGGGUGAACAGGAGCGGAGGCCCUGGGGUUGAAGAUUCCGCUGCAAGUACAAGCCGAGGCAAUGACAAUGAUGGCGGGGAAGGACACGACGGGGGACAGGAUAAUUUCUCAGGCGCGGGACACGAACGGAGGCAUGAACAAUUUGAUGGGGAGGAGGAGCAGAAGGAAGGGAGGGGAAGGAGUGGGAACAGGGGUGGCGUGGAAUUCCUGAAUGGAAUUUCGUACGCGUUGAUAAAGGGUGAGACGGAGAUGGAAGCAAAGGGUGAUGUGGUCGAAGACUCAAUUGUCGACGCAUCGGGGGACCCCCAGAGCAACAUUGUCCUGAUAAAAUUCGUUUACGAUAAGAAAUACGCGUGCGAAUUUAGGACGGACAUAGGUGUGAUAGCCUACGAGAGGCUUGGAACGAAAUCACCAGAUGAUGCAAAAGAAGACGUAAAGAAAAUGUACAGUCGCGUUUGCGGUGGGGAUAUUUUAUCCGACUCCGAUUUGAUUAGAGGAGGCCCUUUCAAGCAUGUACUCGAAAAUGUAAAUUUUGAGGAAUUGUAUGAGAUUCCUUAUAAGAAGCGAUUUGCACGAAAGCAAAGCAUCAUUAGGGACAUGAAUACUUCAGUUGUGGCGCAACAGGGGGUACGGGACAUUGACGCGUACCCUCUUCUUUAUGGAUACCUGAAGGUAUGGGAAGAAGACUUACAUUGUUACGAGUUGAACAAGGUCGAAAUAAGGCACAUGUGUGGGGUGGAGCAGGAGGGGAAAAGAGGUGGCGACAAUAUGCUAAAUGGAAAAAUCAAGUACAACUUUUUUCGCAAUUAUGAUGAGGAUGAUCGGGCGGAUCACCUGACGGAUGACCGGGCGGAUGGCGUACUAAUCGACAGCGACAGGUACAGACAAAUCGUGGGCGAGAAGGAUGACAAGGCAAAUGAAAAAAUGUACGAUUUUGUGGAAAACGGAGACUUUUCAAACAACGACUACAUUUCAUUUAAGGACAAACUGUUCAUAAACAAUAGGAAAGAAAUUAACUGCUACGAGGAUUUAAUUGCAAAAUUGAGGUGGGACAAUUCGAACUUAAGUGUGUACGUCCUGAGCCGGUUGAAGAACAUGGAGGAAGAUUUGUCCUUUGUGUCUGGCGAGGAGUUUUUAAAAAAUUACACAUUUGAUGAGGAAGACGAAUUUUUAAACUUGAACAAAAUUGUGCACAGGUGUAUUGUUGAAAGUAGGUACCAUUCGAUGUUUCGAAACGAAGGCGGUGGACUAAAAGGAGGAGAAAGAAAUUCAAAAUUGUUUUGCCAUUAUGAUGGUUUUUCAGGUGGUAAGAGGCGGGAAGGUGCCUUGCGCAACGUUAGGGAGCGAAACGUUUUUGGAUUGCAGUUAAGAACGGGGCUCACCCGUCUGCUGCCACCAUCUACAGAGAGAACGCUUUCCAUUGAUGCAAAGGUAAAUGAUGAAGAAAGGUGCAAAAAGAAGCAGCAAAAGGGAAGGAAAAAAAAAAAAAAAAAAUCGGUGAUGAUUUGGUGA